AAAAAUGAGUACGUUUGAAUGGGUUAUCGGCAUUGUAAAUGUAGAAGAAAAAUAUCUUACUGCAGAACAAUACGGAAAUAAGAUCAACGCUGGAGGCUCCGCUCUUCGUCAGAAACAGAAAUGGACAGUAGAAUUUCAAGAUGACGAAUCAAUCUACAUCCGUAGCUACACAAGAAACUACAUUUCAGUAGAUCGCUUGGGUAAAGUAACAUGUGAAGCCAAAACUCGCGGAGAAAAUGAAAAAUUCGUUUUAGAAUACGCCACUGACGGAUCUGCCCGUUGGGCUUUUAGAAGCUGGAAAUAUAAAUAUUUUCUUGCAGGUACUGGGGAUCAAAUUAAUUGUCUUGCUAAAAAAGCCUCGGGGGAGGACCUUUCUUUGUGGUACACUCCGUUUGCCAUGCAUCCACAAGUCACACUAUUUUCAAUGCUUGGUAAGAAAUACGCGAUAGCGGACUCUACUCAAGUUCGAUUGAUCGGGGUCAAAGCCUGGGGUCCUAAAGCUCUGUUUACGAUGGAGUUUAGUUGUGGUAAAUAUCGAUUCAAAACUGCCAAUAAUCGAUAUCUCUGUAAGGAUGGAUCGCUUGUCGAUACCAAUGGUGACGAUACGCUAUUCGGCAUUGAAAUCCAUCUCAGCGAGGAUAAAACGUUAAAAGGCUUAGCCUUCAAAGACAACGAUGAUAGGUAUCUAUCUGUGACCGGUCCCUCGGGGAUUCUGAAAACUAACUACAAAGUGCUGCGAAAGGAGGAAUUCUUCCGGCUGCAAGAGAGCCACCCCCAGGUAAUCAUUGUAGGCUCCAGGGGGAAAACAGCGUCCGUGGGGAUGGAAGUCAUGCUGAAGAAAAUCACUCAAGCCCCAACUAAAUCGGAAAUCUUUCAGUUAGAAUACGACAGUACAUCACGGAAAUGGUACAUCGAAACCUACGACGGCACCUUCUGGGGAGUUGCCAAAGAUGGUCGCAUAGAAGCAAGUACUAAUUCUAUAUCUGACAAGAAUAUGUUCGAGAUCAUUUGGUUGUCUAAUGGUAGAGCAAGCAUUAAAGGAUCCAAUGGGAAAAGACUAGUAAGCAAAGGGACCGGUAAUCUUGCCGCUAGUCUCCCGGAAGACGCCGAGGACGACGGCUUUCAAAUCCGGAUUUUAAAUCGGCCUGUGAUUGUUUUCCGGUCCGAGUUCGGUUUUAUCGGAAUUAAAACUGUUCCCGGAAGUAACAAAGAUGAGUACAUCUGCACCAAAGCUUACCCCAGCGUCAUAACUCUUGACCAGUUGAAUGAUGGGAGAUACAGUUUACAAAGUGAGAAUGGAAAAUAUUGGUGUCUCAAUCUACAAAGUGGGGGACAUCCUACUGUAAAGGCGGACAGCGCCGUGCCUGUCCCAUUUGUUUUGGAGUUUCGGGAUACCUCCUUGAUGACAAUUUUGGCGCCCAAUGGCCACUAUAUGAUGUGUGACAAGGUCGGUCAUUUUCACGCUAUAGCCACAGAACCAGGUCCACAAUGUAUGCUAUAUUAUUAAUUUUCAUACAGAUAUCGAUACAUUCUUAUAAACUAAAUAUCAACUGAUUAAAAAAAUGGAAUUUU